AUGACUUUGGCUAAGAGAGUCCCCAUCUUUCUGCUCAGGCUCCUGGCCCUGGGAGCUUCGGUUACUGCAGCAGUUGUGAUGGUUUCAGCACGUGACUCUGCUCAAGUCUUCAACAUGACCUUUGAAGCAAACUAUACCAAUUCACCAACUUUCAAAUACUUUGUGAUCAUAAAUGCAGUGGCAGGUGGCUAUACCCUCAUAGUACUGUUCUGUCCGUCUAAGGUUUCACUGUUCCGAUUCUUGUUAGUCUCAGAUUUGAUUGUUACGCUGUUGUUGGAUUCAAGCGUUUCAGCUAAUAUAGCCAUCGGUCAAGUGGGAAAGCAUGGGAACUCGCACGCUGGCUGGUUACCUAUCUGUAAUCAAGUUCCAAAGUUUUGUAACCACGUUGCAGGAGCUCUUAUUGCUAACUUUGUGGCUUCCUUAGCGUAUUUAGUUAUUCUUCUUUACUCUCUUCACAUUGUCCUCAAUCUUCCUAAACCUUAAAGGUUUAUGUCCUCUAGCUCUUAUGGAGAUUUUGUCUUCUUCUUUUCUUUUCUUUUCUUUUUUUUUUCUCUCCUUUAGCUUCGACAUUUGCCCUUCAAACUUCUAUACAGUAGAUGAUAUUAUCCAUCAAUGAAUACGACUAGAUAUAUGGCAGCUGCUUGAAUUAGCACGCAAUAACGUAUUGUGUCAUAUAGAAAGGAAUUGAGA